AUUGUCUAUGAUUUAUUACAAUAUUUCAAUUUAUGUUAAAAGUCGAAAGAUUUCUUCAAUUCCUACAUUAGAAAUUCUUACAUUUUACUCCUUAUUAUUUUAGUCAAUAAUCCAUACGGUUUUUACUAAAAUGAUGAUAACAAUCCAUGGUCUGCCAACAAACACCAAAUUUCAAGAUCUUAGGGCAGUAAUUAAACAAGAAUGUAAAAUUACGGACUUUAUUUUGGAUGAUUUAGUACCCGAAGGAAAUGGGUUGAAGAAAGUACGUGUUGGCUUAGCAAAUAAUAGUGAGGGUAACCAAGUCAUGAAAUAUUUGAAUGGUUACUACUUUUCAGGGCAUAUUUUGCAAGUGACGACUGUCGGUAAAUCAGGGGACAUUCAAAGCCAGCAGCUAAAUAGUUUUCCUGUUGACGAGACAAGAGCAAUUUCCUGGAACAACCAACAAUUACCGUGGAAUAUGCAACAACAGCAUCUUAAUCAAUAUAAUUACCAGCAGAUGAAUAGUGAUCCUGCACCAAGCCGUUAUGAUCAAAGAACAUCAGUUUAUCAUAGAAUUGGACCACCUUCUGAAGAUUUUUCAAUUGCACACAAAAGUGCUCCUCAAGAAAUAGUGGCUGUUGUUGAUCAGCCUGUGAUGGACCGGUAUGAUCAAAGAACAUCAGUUUAUAAUAGAGUUGGACCACCUUGUCAAGACUUUUCAAUUCCACAGAAAAGUGCUUCUCAACAAAUAGCAGCCCCUACAAUGACAUCAGAACAAGAUCAAGUGCAGUGGUCUGCAAAUAUUGGGACUUAUCAAAAUAAUAUUCCUUUUUACCAACAACAGUCCUUCAAAAGUCCGAAGGCGUCGGCCUUUGCACUUACCUUUGAUGCUUAUGCAUCUGGCAGUCAGAAUAGAAGAGGAGACAUUCAACAUCAAAACAUUUCUUACCCGGAAAAGACAGCUCAAGCUCCAUCUUUUGAUAAGGAGUAUAAUUGGUUUUCGCAGUUGAAACCUUCUUCUAACCAAGAUCGUGAUGCUAGUGGAAAUAGAGAUGAUAAUCGUCAUCGUCACGGUCACGGUAAUGGCAAAAGAAGUCGUAAUGAACAACAUCAUGCCCCAGUAGAUCGUGAUCAUCACGGGAAUCGUGAUCACCACAGAAAUCGUGAUCACCACAGAAAUCGUGAUCACCAAGGAAAUCGUGAUCAAGACGGAAAUCGGGAUCGCGACAGAAAUCGUAAUCACGAUGCAAAUCGUGAUUGCGACGGAAAUCGGGAUCGCGACAGAAAUCGCAAUCACGAUACAAAUCGGAAUCGCGAAGAAAAUCGGGAUCGCGACAGAAAUCGCAAUCACGAUACAAAUCGGAAUCGCGACGGAAAUCGAGAUCGCGACAGAAAUCGUGAUUAUGAAGGAAAUCGUGAUCGCGAAACAAAUCGUGAACGCGAUAAAAAUCGUGAUCGUAAUACAAAUCGUCAUCGCGACGGAAAUCGAGACCGCGAAGGAAAUCGUCAUCGCGACGGUAAUCGGGAUCGCGAAGGAAAUCGAGAUCGCGAAGGAAAUCGUGAUCGCGACGGAAAUCGUGAUCGCGACGGAAAUCGUGAUCGUGAUGCAAACCGUGAUUGCGAUGCAAACCUUGAUCGCGACAUAAACCUUGAUCGCGACGGAAAUCGUGAUCGUGAUGCAAACCGUGAUCGCGAUGCAAACCUUGAUCGCGAUGCAAACCGUGAUCGCUAUGAAAAUCGUGAUAGUUUUGAACAUCAUGAUCAUAAUACAAGUCGUGAUAAACAUUGGGUUCAGGAUGCCCAACCCACUUUCAGUUGCCACGAUUCAGCUCGUAAUCGCAACUAUGCUAAAGCAGAUACCGUCAGCUUACGUGAAUCUCGAUGGGAUACUCACGUACGCAAUCAACGAGAGUGGGAGUCUACUAACCAAAAUGUGCCGGAACAAAUAAUAGUUUCAGUGAAUAAUGAACAAUUUAAAAAUUCCUCGUCAAAAACAGAGGAAUUUAAAAAUAAUAAUCAGAUCUUCAAACGCUCAAACUCAAGUAACAACUUCAAUGCAUCUUUGCAGCGUGCAUCAGGUAGUUUUGGUCAUACACAUAAAGGUCAAAUGAAUAACCAAGAAAGGCAGACUAAUCAGCCUCGUAAAUCCUACCAAGAUACUCUUAAACGGAAACAUGAUCAUAAAGAGGAUAAAAUUAAUGUACGACCAUCAACGGAAGUGACUCAUAAAAAAUUUAAACCGAAUGCAAUAGUUUCUACAGGAAUGACCACUCCUGUCUCUUUGCCCAAGAGACUUAACAGACAUACCACUUGGGUACAACAAGUGGCGUCAAGCAUGUCAAAGCAAGUGUUAGAGUCUGUAGGGAAAUGUCCCGAAGAAAAUCGCCUCAUACUUAUUGAACUGAAGAGAUGUAUCCAGAAUCGUAUUAAUAUGGUAUAUGGAAAUAACUUAGCGGAUACAACGGAUGAGAUAAUAACUGAAUACUACAAACAUUUCAGCCCUGAUCAAAAUAUAGAGCUAUACGAAGCUAUUCGAGAGAUAUCACAAAGUAAAACAAAUAUCGAACAGCCAUCAUCCGACAACGUGGAGAUUGAUGCAGCAACUGUGGUCUCUCCUCAAGCUCCAAACCUGUCUUCAAACGUACCUGAAACUGUGUCCUGCCAGAGUUUUGUGCCAACUCAGAUCCUGCAUAGCAGCAAACCGGUGACACAGAAUAAGAAAACGCCGCCAGCAGAUGUGUACCAACUGUCAAAGACACCGACACUGGUCGUAGCUGAUAUUAAACUACCCAAGUAUCCUCAUGGUGAUAAGCGUUUGUAUAAUCAACAAAAGGAGGCCGAGAAACUUGGUGUCCUUUUGGAUUUGUCUGAGCCAUAUAAAUCAAUAGUGAAGGAACAUACGAACGAAAUAGGGACAAUGGCAACAGAAUGUUGUAAGGAAGUUGACCAAGAACUAGGUGCGUCUAACAGUAAAUUUUGGCAGGGUGCUGUAACAGAUAUGAAAAAGCUCCUAAGGAUGCACUUGACCCACCGCAUACUUGACGUUCGAAGGAAUCUAGGUGUGCGUAUAUUCUACAAGCCGACAAAACCGAAACGCGAAUCUUUAUACGCUUUCUUGAAAAAGUAUGACGUUAUUUGUAAGAAAUAUUCGGAACGCAAGAAAAUGCUUGUUGUUCAAUGUGGUACUUUUAAAGGAUUCGACAAUUUGUGCAGACUAAAAGAGACAGCAAUUCGUGACGUAAGUCUCACUUUUAAGCCCUUACACUUGUCUGGAAAUCCGAGGAAACCUCGGUUAAAGGAUGGUAAAAUGAUCGUCGAGCAAUCCGAAUCUGAGUCUGAUGAUGAUACUGAAAAAUUCAAUAAAGAUGUAGCUGAGUGUCAACAGGAUAUCUUAAAUGACAGUGAUGUGGUUUUGCUAGAGACUGACGGGGAAAUUAUCGAUUUAGAUAGAAUCCAAUCUACGGAUAUAAAAAGCAGCCAAGACUCAGAUCAUAAUGAGAUAAUUGAGACCAACGAAGAUAAUAGAAUGGAAAAUAUUUCCAAGUCGGUUGAAGCUGCUAAUAUAGAUAAGUGUGAUGAUGAUGAAGAUAGUGAACAAAUGGAAAACUUGCAAAACGGAAUCAAGAAUUGUGAUCAAAGCAAGGAUGUUGCUAAUACAGAAUUUGAAAAGGAUGACGUAAUAAUUAAUGAUCAAAAUGUGUCGAGUGCCGAUACUAUUACUGAUACAAUUGUUGAUGACGGUGAUGAAAAACAGGAUUCGCUACCCUUAAUUAUGGAUGUGGAUAAUGAAAAAGUUAGGGACUGUGAUAAGAUCGCAAACACUGAAGAUGGUAUAGCUGAUGACAUUGAUGAAGAUGAUUUGGAAGAUUUUUAACUUUUAUUCCAAUAAGCAACGACUUCGUGAAAAUAAAACAUUUUAUCUAUAUACAUAAGUAAUAUUUGUUUUCUAUGUCCUAUGAGUAUCAAGUAAGUAUGUAGUUUUCCUACUGUACUAGAUUACAGCUUAAGCUAAUAAACAGUUCUAAGUUUAACCUGAA